AUGCACGACUGCAAAAGGGCCCGCCGCGACACCGAAAGCUUGAGGACAUGGACCUCUGAAGGCCUCGAUUCCCAUAUCCACACGAAGCCCCAGCAGCAUUGUGCAGCCCAUGGCGCACAUUGUGGCGUUCAAAGCCCUAAGCCGCCGAUGGCUGUCCCUUCAGUCGAAGGCUUUGUCCGCUGGAACUUUGAGCGCAAGGCUGACCUUCUCGGUGACAUCUCUGCAAACGCUGCGCGAGGCAAGCCUUUGCGGCUUUUUUCCAUGUACACUGGCUGGGGCACGGCGGAAAUGGUGGCCAGCGCUGUGAGCCGUGUCUUCAAGUCGCUGAAGGGGACAGGGGAUGCGCUUCAGGUGGAAUUCGCGUGGAUGUGCGAAUCCAACCUGGACAAGUGCCGCUACCUGGCCGAGGCGUUCAAGGACGUGCAGCACAUCUUCACAGAUGCCAGUGAGGUGGCCAGCGGCUGUGCCUGGGAGUACCGAAGCGGUCGAAGACUCCUUGUUCCCAUGGAUCUCGAUGGUGGUUUCGUGGGGUAUCCGUGCGUCGACCUCUCCAGUCUCAACACGGGCCCCGGGCAAUUCAAAGAUUCAAGCACUGCCACCGGCAAGGGCUAUGCCAACAUGCUACAGGUGGUGGAUAAGUGCGGCAGGCUGGCCUUCCUUGGUGUGGAAAACAGUGGCAACAUGUGGCACAAGCGAAGAGAAGAUCACUUUGAGCGGCCCAUCGACAUUCAGGAUAUGGCCUUUCGAGAAAGAGGCUUUCUGGCCUCUUCGCAUCGGGUCUCCGCGCACGAGUUCGGGCCACCCCAGAGCCGAAAUCGUUCAUGGAGCUUGUACUUGCGGAAGACGUCUUCGCGGACGGGGCCCGGCGGCCUCGAGGCAGAAGUUGCCCUAUCGAACACUUUCCUCUCCUUCCGAUGCGAAGUGGUGCCCUUGGCCAACGUGCUGGCAGCCAAAGGCCCCAGGCGACUGCCAAGCGAGAAAGUGCAAAAGCCAAGGGGCGAAGGAGGCGCCAAGUGGAGUCGACAGUUUGCAGAAUUGGCGAAGAGGCUCGGGGAGGAGCAGCUGGAUUUCAAAGUCCGAGAAGUCUUGUCCAUGGAUCUGCCUCUGACCCUUCGUGAGAUCCAUGUGGUAGCCCUCGCAGCAUACGAACUCCAAGCUCGGAAUGUAGACGUGUGGAAGGAGCCGGUUGUGAUUCAAGUGGACCAGGGCUUCGGAAGAUCUUGGCAUCGGUCGGAUCACAGGAUCGCGCCUUGCGUGAUCCCGAAAGGCAAGUACAUCGUCACUGGCCAGACAUGGAGGCUCAUGGACAAGCAGGAGAAAUGCUUUCUACAGGGUGUCGGACCGGAGGAAAUAAAUGCCUACCGAAUGGAACAGCUGCUGACUGAAACGCAGUUGAAUGAUAUGGCGGGGAAUGCGUUCACCGCGCAGAUUUGUUUGGCAGCAUUCCUCUCUUUCUUAGUUUGCUGGAACCCGGGGGCGGUCCCGGACGCGGAGAUUGCUGAGCAGACGGCUUGA